AUGGCGCUGGCAGGCGUGCUGGCCGUGGUGGGCGCGCUGGGCCUGACCGGCGUUGCGCCGCCCACUGCUGAUACCUUGGCAGUGUGCGAUUACCUCUACCACACCUAUCCACAGUAUAUGGCCUACGAUCCCCUGGGCACCAACGCUCUCCGGACCGUCCACAAUGCGGAUCUCUGGACUCAGACAAACACCGUCUACUGGAACAACCAGAACUCGUAUGCUUUCCGCUCUGCUUGCACCUUUUUUCCCGCCAAUGCGGAGCAGGUCUCUGAUGUUGUGGUGCAAUUGAACCGCUACCCAUCGGUCCAGUUCGCCAUCAAAGGCGGUGGACACCAGCCGGCACCGGGCUUUAGCUCGACCAACGGCGGAGUUUUGCUGGCUUUUGAGGUCAAUCUGGGCUCUGCAACGCGAACCGCGGAUGGGAAUCACUUUAUUGUUGAACCUGGCGGCCGCUGGGGUGAUAUCUAUAAAAUCACCGGCGAGACCAACCAGAUUGUGGUCGGGGGGCGACUGGCGCAUAUUGGAACGGGCGGGUUUGUUCUCGGAGGAGGUCUCUCCUACUACUCUGCUCAAUAUGGCUUGUCGUGUGACAAUGUCGACCAAUGGGAAGUGGUACUCGCGGACGGCACUGCUGUGAACGCCUCAAGGACCGAGAAUCCCGAGCUCUGGUGGGCACUCCGGGGAGGAGGCAACCAGUUCGGCAUCGUCACUCGAAUGUGGAUGCAAGCUCAUCCCGAAGGUAUCAAUGGACAAGUCUGGGGCGGCCUUCGCGCCUACACCCCAGACAAACGACACGCCCUCUUCCGCGCCAUCACCAGAUUCAUCGCCUCCUACCCCGACGCCAAAGCAGCCGUCAUUCCCGUCUUCCAAUUCGGCCUACCUCUCAAUCUCCUCAACGUCGUCACCGGACCCCUCCUAUUCAUGUUCUACGACGGCCCCCAACCACCACCAGGCAUCUUUGACGAAUUCGACGCCAUCACCCCUCUUCUCGACGACACCCGCACCCAACGCUACGCCAGCCUCUCCGAAACCGCCGGCGGCGCAGCUCUCAUCGGAUUCGGCAACUCCUUCCGCGAACAAACCUAUCCCAACCUCCCAGAAUCCCAAAUGGUCGAUUUCUUCAGCGCAUACUACGACGCAACUUACAAUUCCACUUUUAUCGACGGUCUCGAAUCCGGCCUCGACAUCCAAAUCACCGGCUUCGACCCGCAACCCGUCUCCGUCCGCAUCGCACAAGCUUCGCAAGCUCAAGGCGGUAAUGCCUUGGGUUUAAACCCGGCUCACGGCGAUCGCAUCUGGAUGGAAAAUAAUUUCUUGUGGACCAAUCCGACUUGUCAGGAUCGUUGUCCGGAGUAUUCCAAGGAGAUUUCGGAGCGCAUGUUGGAGUUGCAGCGAGAGCAGUAUGGGGAGAUUUUACCUACGAAUUAUGAUUACGAGUCUUUGGGGGGUGGUGAUGAUGUGAGGUGGACGAAUUAUAAUCCGUUGUUUAUGAAUGAUGCCGCGCCGGAUCAGGAUGUGUAUUCGAGUUAUGGAGAGGUGAAUUUGGAGAGGUUGCGGGCUGCGAAGGAGAGGUAUGAUCCUAUGGGGUUUUUUACGACGAGGCAGGGGGGGUUCAAGUUGCCUGGUUAA